GGCACUCAACACUUGCACUCCCCCUGCCCCCUGCCAGACAACCUCGGCCCAGAAACCAACCAACCUGAACCAACCAACCAAACAGAAUACUUGAAAAGAAUGGUCAAGGAGGUCGAGAUGGACGAAAUACCUUCACCACAAGAACAGGCUAGACUCUAUCACUCAUUCAGAUCCAUCAGAAUGGCAACCGAUCAAACCUGGUACCUCAUCCAUCAACAAUGGUUCAACACCUGGUCAUCCUCAAUCGGAAUAGCAACAGACGACUCAACAGCAGCAGGAACAACAACAACAACAACAGACAUCCCAUCCAUCGAUAACUCAGAUUUACUCGAUCAUGAGAAUCAGCUCAGAUUCGGCAUCUCCAUCGGAAUCGACUGCGAAAUCAUCCCUGAAGAAUUCUGGAACUUGCUCGUCAAAUGGUAUGGACUCAAACAACCAACCCAUGCAAUCCCUCGAUCGGUCAUCGCACCCAGUGGUCCAUCCAGCGAAUCAGUCGAAUUCUAUCCACCCAGCUUCAUCUUCCACCUCAUACUACCCAGCUCAAACUUAGAAGAACUUGAAUCAGAACAACAGUACGACCUGAACCUGAUCAGGCAAUUACCCAAUCUGGUCAUCCAGAAGAGAUUCUCGAUCGGAAACUCGAUCGGGGACCUCAAACGAGAAUUGACGAGUAACCUACUCCCAGCAGGUUUGCUCACCAGGUCCUUCAAGCUCUGGUCGAUCCACAGUCCACCCUCGAAUCCAAACCAACUCAUCCUGAGCGUGUCCGAGUUUGGGAACCUGGAGACACAGCUCGUCGAGCCUUCCUCAGGCGAUGCCGCCGACCUCAACGAAGCUCUCCUCACCGAUCCCGUCAACGUCCUUGCCAUCGAACAGCAAGACCAGGAGGGUCAUUGGCUCAUCAAUCCUAAAUCCGCUCCCCCUUCGACUCCCCCUCAACUUCAGGAUGAUGAUCCUACAUCCUCCGGUCCCGUCUUCGGCGGCCAGGAGUGGCUCGAUCGGAUGGAAAAGAUGAACCAGGCUAACCUCUUAGACCCCAAGUUCUCCAUCACCUCUCCUAACUCCGAUCUCAGUCUCGUCGCAUUCAAUUCUGCCCAAAGCGCGUUCAAAGCUCGCGGAAUCAGAGGCUUGGUAGGACUGACUAAUUUGGGUAAUACAUGCUUUAUGAACUCCGCAUUACAAUGUUUGAGUAAUUGUCCAGAAUUGAAGACCUACUUCUUAUCGAGGGUGUACAUCAAUGAACUCAAUAGGACGAACCCAUUAGGGAUGGGAGGCAAAGUAGCGGAGACGUUUGGGCAACUGAUUGAGCGAAUGUGGUCGAGUGAGUAUGAAGUGAGUCGCCGGAUUCAGGGAAGCACGAGCGGGACGAACGGGCCGACGAGUUACGGGGGUUCCUCGCACCAAUCGAUCUCACCACGCGAAUUUAAGUCGAUCGUCGGUCGAUUCAACUCCCUCUUCUUGGGAUAUGGGCAACAAGACUCGCAAGAACUUCUUACCUUCCUUCUGGAUGCCUUGCAUGAAGAUCUUAAUCGGGUCAAGGUUAAACCGUUCGACGAAAUCCCCGAUUAUGACGACCAAAACUCGCUCAAUGAUCCCCUCCUUGAGGCUCAGAAAAUCCUUAAACUCGCAAAGACUUGUUGGAAUCUUUAUCGUAGACGAAAUGAUUCCGUUAUCGUCGAUCUCUUUCAGGGUCAAUAUAAAUCGACUCUUAUUUGUCCCGAUUGCAAUAAGGUUGCAAUCAAAUUUGAUGAAAUUAUGUAUCUCACAUUACAAUUACCGAUCAAUAAAAAAUUCAGAGGGACGAUUUACUUCGUUCCAUUAGAUUUAAGUAAGCCUCGAAUUAAAGUGAAUUAUCAAAUCAACAAAGAUUCGACUAUCCGACAAUUAAAACAACAUAUCGGUCAGAUCUUAUGUGUAGACCCUGAUCGAAUGGCUGCUAUUGAAGAUUGGUCGGGUAAACCAUGGAAAAUUUGGCACGAUACGGAUUCAUUGGAGGGAGUUAUGGAACGCGAUGUGAUCAAUGUAUUUGAGACUCCACUGCCUUUUGCGGCCUUGAAGUCGGGGAUCUAUCACACGAACGGGGAAGAAGAGGAAGUCCCUGAUCUAUUGAUCCCCGUGGUCUCGUAUCGUCCGGCGGAACGGAUGAAUAUGGGGAGCAGUACUAGCAUCCACAAGCCAUCGAGCACGGCCUUUGGGGUCUUUUUUGUCGCCCGGAUCUCGGCGAAGGAUCGGCUGAGUACUCGGGCAGUCUACGAUGCGGUCGCACGGGAAUAUGCCCGAUACACCAGCCAGGCCGAGGAGCUCUUCGAACGUAAUGAGGACGAGGACGUGGUGAUGAAUGAGCCCACCGCCGAGAUUCCGCCCUCCUCCUCCUCUCAACCCACACUCCACGCCGUACCUAACCUGUUCAAGAUCUCCGUGCCCAAAACCCCCUGUUCGACGGUCUUUCCGGUCUCUAACGCAAUGGGAAACGCGACGAUCGAGCUCGAGGAGCGCGUCAAGCUCUCUGCCUCCAAAGCCCCGCCCGGACCCGCGCCCGUGUCCGGUGUCAAUGAAGACGCGAACGGCUCGAAUGGGGCGGUGUUCGAAAUGGAGGAGAACGAGGACCUGUACGAAGACAAAGCGGCUGCCCCUGAACCUCGUUCCUCAUCAUCCCCCUCCCAUUCUUCGCAAACGGGCCCGGUAGUCUUCGAGGGAGAUUACUUCGAAUGCGAAUGGACACCGAGUGCGAUGGGCCACUUCUUCGGACUAGAUAAGAAUCUGCCGAACUCGAAGAACUGGAUCGAUCCGCCGGUGAUCGAGGAUCCGGAAUUGGUGGCCUCUAGAGUAGCCGAACAGAACAAGAAAUCCGGCGCGGCGGGGGAAUUGACGAUCGAGGAAUGUUUUAAGGAUUUCUCAAAGCCGGAGAAGUUGGGCUCAGAAGAUAAAUGGUAUUGUCCCAGAUGUAAGAACCAUGUCCAAGCUACUAAACAGAUGCAGAUCUGGAAAGUCCCGGACAUCCUCGUCGUCCAUUUCAAACGCUUCAGCUCGGCUAGAACGUCCUAUGGGCGCUCGUCCAAAGUUGAUAACUUUGUCGACUUUCCCAUCCAAGGCUUGGAUCUUUCUAAUGAAGUCGAAGGCAUUAAGGUCGUCCGUGAACUUAAGAAACAUCAACGCAAUCUCAAAGCUUCUUCGCGUGAUCAGCCAGUUGCUGAUCAGGAUCAGGAUCAUAAGAAUCUUCCCCAGAUCUUGGUUGAUGAUCAUCUUCCUUCUUCUUCUAAUCCCUCUGAUCAUAAUAAUAAUGAUAAGGUUGGUGGAGAAGGAAAAGAGAUCGACGCGAUUCUGGAAGACCAAAAUACUGAACUUGAUGAUGGCAAGGAGGAACGUCAGCAGCAGCAGCAGCAAGAUGGAGAUCGGGAGCGGGACGGGCAUGAGAAUCCUCAGCAGGAGGGGGAGGAUGAUGAGGAUGAGGAAGAAGAGGAAAGCUUGAUCUAUGAUCUCUUUGCCGUCGAUAAUCAUUUCGGGGGCUUGGGCGGUGGUCAUUAUACUGCGUUUGCUAAAAAUGAAGAGGAUGGGAAAUGGCAUAAUUACGAUGAUUCACAUGUGACGGAAGUGAAUUCACCAGAAAGAGUGAAAAGUUCGGCGGCCUAUCUGUUGUUUUAUCGCCGAAGGACGACGAGGAAGCUUGGUUUAAAGACGCACGGGAUCGUGAGCUCGGCGAUGCAAUCACGGGACAUCUCGGCGCGCUCGUCGAGCCAAGGGAAUUCGAGUCACAUGGCCGACGACGACGAAGACGGCUCAAGAGCUGCUAUCAAAACUGGAGCAGGAGCAAGACAUGCAGCGAUGGCGUCGUCGAGCUCGAAUGGCCUGGAGAGACCGACUAGCCAAGAAGAAGAAGAAGAAGUCGAUGAAUUGGAUGAGGGUGUUGGUGCUGGGGUUGGGGCUGUUGGGAGGGGCUCGUCGAUCGGCUCGGUGGGCAGAGAAGACGGCUCGCUCAGAUCCGAGUCCCCAUUCUCCGACCUACGUCCCAACCUGUCUAGACCGAUCUCUUCUUCUUCCUCUUCCCCGGCUUCUCAUUCACCUGACGCUUCUCAUUCUGCUUCUCCCGCUUCGCAUUCAUCUUCGUCUGAGCUCGUUCCCUCGCUUCCGCUUGGUCAUCACUCCUUGCUCGAUUCUUCGGAUCCCAUCCUCAGUCAUCACUCGGCCAACCAUCGGGACUCUAGUAAUCUGCCCGCUGUCGGCCCAUCGCCGGCUGAUGAUCGCCAUCAUGUCGCUCCCUCCGCCGCUCCGAUUCCUCUGCCGCCCGUCCCCCCUCCGCCUUAUAAGCCGCAUUCUUCUGCUUCCUCUCGUUGAUCUCCUAUCUUUUUUAUCUUAUCUAGGUCUUUGGGUAUCUUAUCGGUCACAAAUAAUCAAAACGUUUUGCUAAUUCUUCUUUUUUUUCCUUAGAAAAGAAAACCAAAAUCUGGCUUAUUUUUUUUUUUUUUUUGAUUACUUAUUUAUCCUCUUACAAUGUUUUUUCUCUUAUUUAUCCAUUUUCUUUUCUUUAGUUUUCC